ACUCCGGCAAACGAGUGGAUGUGAAUCCUCUCCUCUUCAAAAAACAGCAAACGUUAGCAGUUAUUUUCGAAAAACUCUUUAAAAAAUUUAACUGGAAAGUAUCAACAAGUUUUGAGAGGUUGGGUACAACAAAAUGGAGCAGGAUCCAAAUCACGGAUCUCAAUCUUCUAAUUCUGCUCAAAGUUCACAGAUUACAUCAUCCCAAGGUCAUAUGAUGCCAGAGAGCUUUGAUGGUGGUGGUCAAGAAGGCAAUUACUCCUCGAUAAGCCAUGACCAAAAUCAAUCGACUCCUCUUGACCUAUCGGUGACGGGAUACAUUCCGUCUAGCACGCAAGACGCCUUGGAGUAUUUGGACCAAGUGAAAGAUAAAUUUAGAAAUCAGCCUCAAGUCUACAAUGACUUUUUAGAAAUUUUGACGACAUACAAAUCCGGAGACGUCAACAUACAUGGCGUAAUUUCACGAGUGGCCAACUUAUUUCGUGGCUUUCCUGAGCUGAUCAUUAGCUUCAAUCCGUUUCUUCCGGAAGGAUGCAAGAUUAUUCAAGUAGAUGAACAAGGAUUCCAAACCUUGUAUCGAGUGUACGGCGAGACGGACUAUAUGUUGAAAAAUGAGCCCUUCGUUCCUCCUCCGGCAGCAGCUGUUUUAUCGUCACCUCCCACCUUGCCACCGCCGCCGCCGCCGUCACAGCAGGUAGCACUUUUUCAACCGGAGGACAACAACGUUCGACAAAUUAUGCAAACCUCCUUCUUCAGCGGUGGACCCAUGUCUUCGUCGUCCAUUCCGGUAGCAUACUCUCAAGCCCGCUCGUCUUACGGAGACCUAAAUCAAGUUGCUAGUUUCUACCAAAGUCCGCGUUAUGAGACCAUCUCGCCUCCUUUAGAUGACACAAUGACAUUGAGUUACCCCGAUAUUAAUUUUGUGAGCGUGGUUGAGCCACCGACCUCUUCUACAUCUGCACAUGCAUAUUCAUCACUCGAAGGAACUGAGCUCCCCUGGGAACCAAUCAAAUUUGAAGAUGCGAUUACCUAUGUUAACAAAAUCAGGGAAAGACUCCGUGACGAUCCAGAAACAUAUAAUAAGUUUCUGCGGGUCCUCGAAACAAACGUCCACAAAACUCCACAGAUGAAUGAUGCUGACCACAUGGAACCAUGCACUACCGAAGUUUAUUCGGAAAUGGCUAAAAUAUUUCAAAACCAGGAAGAUUUACUUAAAGAAUUUGUCCAAUUUAUCAUCCCUCCAAACUGCCGUUCCAUAAAUCAGGGUCAAGUUCCAGAACCAGUGCCCGAGUUGCCUAAAAAAUCUGUAAAAUUCGCUCUGCCAGCCACCAGUGUUCCUAUUGCACAACCAACCCCGUCCAAAAGGGGACGUCCUAAAGGUGUACUUAAAAAUAAUACGUCCAGGGACCAAAGUGCACUGAAGAAAAUUAGGAAGCCUAAAGAUCAAAGUAUUCAUAAACAACGAAAAUCACCUAAUAUGCCUGCCUUUGCUGCGUUGCUUCCUGAUUGUCCAGUUAGCAAGACAAACCUUGCCACUCCCAAUAAAGUUAUCCCAGCAACUGAUGCGCCACAGCAUGGGAUAUUGGAAGAAAGCGCAUUUUUAUCCGAGUGCCAAUCAGUGUUGAAACCUCACUUUGUAUUUGACGACGUUAAGCGAUGCUUGCGCCACUUUUUCGAGGGAUUAAUUCCUCGCAAGCAUGUUUUGGAAAUGGCUAAGCCACUUUUCGCUAAGCACCCGGAGAUGUACCGACAGCUACGGAAAUUUUUGAAUACUCAUAAGAAGCAGGCCACUUGUGAACCUGUGUCACAACCACAAUUGACUCCAGAAAAGCCAAAAGAAUCUGUAACUCAGCCACAGCUGACUCCAAAAAAGCCAAAACAAUCUGUAACUCAACCCAAAUCAACUCCAGAAAAGACCAAUGAACAAACUUUGAAAAGGGGGAAACAAUAUCACUCAACUUUUAAAAAAGUAGGAACGAGUUACGUACUUGUUCCGGAAGACCAAGUCCCUGAGAUCUGCUCGGGUCGAACCGCCCUUUGCAACGAAGUUCUUAACGACAGGAUUUUCUCGUGUCCAAAAAAUAAAAGUUUUCUCAUGCCGAAAAAAUCUCGCUACGAAGCUACUCUCGGUUGUUGUGAGAAUGAACGAUUCGAGCUUGACUAUUCGAUCGACUCAAAUGCCGAGACAAUUAGGACAUUCGAAGCCGUCUUACACCGCGGGGCGCGAAUGCGUGCAGAGGAACGAAAUUCCUAUCAACUCUCCAACUCUUUGGGUGGCACUUCGGACAUUAUCAAUAUCCUAUCUAUUCGUCGCAUUUAUGGAGAAAGAGCUGACAAAACUAUCGAACGUCUGAAACGACAACCCAUCUCCUCUAUUCCGGCCGUACUGAAGCAGUUGAAGUCGUUGGACCAAAAAUUGCGAAAAGAGAGGGAUAGUAAAAACCAAACUUGGAAAGACCUAAUGGAUCGACAUUACUUGAAGUCGUUGGAUCAUCAGUCAUUCAGUUUUAAACAGACUGACGUCCAAAUGAUUCGCUCGACAUGGUUGGUCAACGAGAUUAAAACUAUUUACGAUAAGCGACACGAUAAAAACAAUGAAAUUCCGGGGACUGGACCUCACUUGAAUUUUCAAUACUUUGGACAUGUCAUGCUGGAUGAAACUAUCAAUCUCCUAUUGCACCAUGUCCGACGCCAAAUUCAGACUCAUGAAAAGGAAAAAAUUAAAAAGUUGCUGAAGAAAUUCAUUCCAAAUUUGUUCAAUCAUACCAGAAUGAAAUUGCCUCAUAAAAAAGUUGAACAAGGUGGCAGUCAAAAACGUCCACUCGAUGUUGUACAAAAUGUGACUCCGAGGACCAAGGCAGCUUACAAAUCGUACGCAAACACGAACAGCAUGCCGAAUGUUGACGGAUAUGUAGUUGACCCUGGUACCCCGAAGGUAGGCGAAUCCAGGAGAACGGUCUAUAAGCGGCGAUCUAUACGAAGGCAGAGAGAAAAUAUUGAAGGUGAGCGGCGAUCCAAAAAGGAAAAUUCGUCAAGUGUACUUGCAGCUCCGCAGAGAGAUCAGGCCGAAACGUACACACUCUUCUACGUCAACAAUGAUUGGUACGUGUUCUUGCGUCUGUAUCAAAUAAUUUUGGAGCGUCUUCAAAAGAUGUCGGAUACGGCAGCGAAGACUGAAGUAGAACCGAUUGGCGUGGACCAACCUGCUGUGAACUUAGGAUUGAGGGCACCAAAUAAACUACAACCAGACGAGUACUUCCCUGAAUUCAUUAAAAUGUUGAAAGAUGUUUUGGAUGGGGGCAUGGAACUGGCAAAAUAUGAGGAAAAAAUGCGUGAAUUGUUCGGCAUUCACGCCUACAUUUGUUUCACGAUGAACAAAGUUGUAACGAACGCUGUACGACAGCUGCAAACGUUAGCCUCCGACAAAAUGUGUAUCCAAUUUACGGAUUUAUUCUCCCAAGCCGUCAAAGAAGAAGCUGCUGGAGGACCCUCUAAUACUUCCGAUGAUCGUUCACAAGCGGAAGAAACUUACCAAGAACUCGCACAGAAGAUUGAUCCGAGCGGAAAUUGUUACAAAGUUAUUUUCCACCACAAGUCACUCCGGAUGACAAUGGAACUCUUGGACGGUGAUAAUCUUGAACGAAACGGUUGAGAGAAGUCCCAAACCCUGUGGCGUAACAGUCGAACGAACAUGGUCUCGGAUUUUCGUACCUGAAAAUAUUUUUUUUUACAUCACAGGAAGAAAUUUUACCUAAUUUUUAUAACGUUUUUAUAAUUCAUUUCAAUCUAAAAUUUUAUUCAUAGUUUUUGCU